AUGGCAUUUUUACCGCAAACUGUGAAUCUGGUAACGAGCACCGGCGACAACUCAUCAGCAGCAGCAACAUCGUCUUCCAUCCUGACGACAGCUAACCCACUCUUUUGCGCUUCUGGCAUCUGGCUUUUUAUUGCACUGACUAUUACGUGUAGCUGUGCGGUAGAAGCGUUCUACCUCGAUGACCUUCAACAGCAACCCCGUGUUCUCCCCAUUUCUACGGCCCUUCGUGCUGGCCAAGAAUCUGGACACCCGGCCAAUGCGACAACGAUGCGCCAGCUGCUGCGGCAAAAGGCGAAAACAUUCGGACAAAGUGCGGAAGAGAUUAAAAAAGUGAAUUACUACAUGCGAAAGAUGCAGCUCUUCCAGGCAAAGCAGCAUCCAGAAGAAGAAGAAGCGCAACAAAAUCACCUGGCCGAAAAGCCUUCCGGAGCCUUCCAAACCAUAUAA